AUGUCGUCCGUCGAUAUAACCCUAUACGUCGGCAACGGUAACUUCGCAUUCGGGGCCGAUAUCACAGGCCUGCAGACAUUGCUCCCAUUCAAUAUGCUAUCUUCCUGGUGUUGGGCCAACGACUCUCUACCGAGAACGCCCGGCCAAACCGAGCCGUCAGACUUUACGGGUCUGGACUGGUGGACGCACGAUCGCCUUCUGAAUUAUAAUAUACCGAACCCGGCCGAGGCAGAGAUCUCGCAGUGGCUGAUUGCCAAUCCACAUCGGGUCAACCUUGGCCGGAUAGGGUUUCUAUAUAAGGGAGACAGUAUUUCUAUGGAUGAUAUCACUGGAAUAAAGCAGAGUCUCGAUUUAUAUGGCGGGAUUUUGACUUCGGAGUUUACUCUACAUGGAGAAAGGGUUUCUGUUACUACUGCUGGAGACCCAUCCUCUGAUAUCGUAGCGGUUGAUGUGCAGUCGUCGCUGCUGCAAGAUGGUACCCUGAGAACGAACAAGUUCGAGGCGCCAUUUGUGGGCAACUGGACGGUAACAUCGGAGCAUACAACUGUCUUGAAGAAUAUUACAACCAAAGGGGCUGUUAUUAGCCACUCACUGGGAGGUACAACGUACUAUAACACCAUUCAAUGGGAACAGCCGGGCAAUAUGACCGGUCCUUUUAAGGGGACACACCGAUAUUUACUCCAGCCUAUUGCAGGGACAAAUCAGUUCACAUUUAUUACGGAGUUUUCAGCAUCUACAAGAACGAGGAUCCAGCCAUUUGCAGAUGUCAAAAGGGCCUCCACACGCUGGUGGGCUGAAUACUGGGAAUCCGGGUCAUUUGCAGACCUGACGGAGUCCGGAUCUUCAGACGCAGACGAACUACAGCGACGUAUUAUCCUCUCCCAAUACUUGCUCGCCGUGAACAGUGCCGGUAAAGAACCUCCGCAAGAGUCUGGCCUCCAGAACAAUGGCUGGUACGGCAAAUUCCACCUCGAGAUGGUUUUCUGGCAUCUAGGCCACUGGGCGCGAUGGAAUAAAUGGGAUAUACUAAAUCGCAGCCUGGAUGUGUAUAACCGGUUUCUCCCCUCGUCUAUCGAGCGUGCGGAAAGGCAAGGGUACGCCGGUGCGCGACUGGGGAAGAUGAGUGACCCAUCCGGGGCAUCCGCGCCUGGGUCGCAAAAUGCGCUACUCAUCUGGCAGCAACCACACCCAAUGUAUUUUGCUGAGUUAGAGUAUCGCUCGAGGCCGAGCGUGGAAACCUUGGAUAAAUGGGAUCAUCUUCUGGAUCAGCUCGCGACAUGGAUGGUUUCUUACGCGUGGUGGAACACAUCUACACAGGUAUAUGACCUUGGUCCACCAAUGUAUCCAUCGUCGGAGAAUACGAGUCCUAACUCAACAUACAACCCAACCUUCGAGCUGGCCUAUUGGCGGUUUGGUUUAAAGAUUGCCUCGGACUGGAAGACUCGGCAAGGCGUAUCUGUGCCUGAACCUUGGACUCAAGUACUCAACAACCUUGCGCCACUUCCGAUAGUUCACGCGGCAUAUUCCAUUUGUGCUGACCUGCCGGAUAUGUGGAAUAAGAGCAGUUAUACAUCCGAUCAUCCCAGCCAGAUUGCCGUCUAUGGGCUUCUACCGCCAACAGCGGGUGUAGAUCCAUCAACUGUGAACGCUACCAUGAAUCUCAUCGCCCAAACGUGGAACUUCACAGCCUCCUAUGGAUGGGACUUUCCGAUGCUAGCGAUGACAUCGCUCCGUCUAGGAAAUAUUGAUGAGGCUAUUGAGUAUCUACUACACCCGAACUUCCAGUUUGAUGACGUGGGUAAUCCUGUGGGAACGGUGGUUCCGACUCCGUAUUUCCCAGCCUCCUCCGCGUUGUUGCUUGCCAUUGCGACGAUGGCUGGAGGAUGGGAUGGUGAGGAGGGGGUGCAUUUUCCCGAGCACUGGGGUGCGAAGCAUUUCUGGGCGGCGAAUAUGUUGGCCAACUGCUUGGCGGCUGGGGUAUCGUUCUCAAAUUCGUCGCCUCUGGGAACGACACGAGCAAGCACGGUGCUGGGUAAAGCCGCAGCAAGGAGGAGGCCGAUGUUGAGCUUCAUUGCUGCCGGUCUGUAA